UCGCAUCAAGCGAAUGGUGGGCAAGCAUAGGUGAAGUAGGUUUCGAAUAUUUGACAAGGCGUGUCCCUCGCGUAAGUGUGAUUUGACGCGACUUUUCGCAUGCAUUUAGAGUAUGCAACUUCAAUAAGUGGAUACGUGCAUAUGGAAAUAUAUGCGUAUAAUUUCCUAUAAAGAAACUCAUCUCAUCACUGUUUGAACAUCUCCAUAAUUCGUUUUGCAAGUGAGUCAAGAUGCAUUAUGGAAAGAAGUCUCCCAGCAUGGGAACACCGUCUGUGUAUUCUCAUGUAACUACUCGCAGCAGUGCAAAUCUCAGAUCUUCGAGGUCUGUUCGCAGUGUAAAAAUUCCAUGGUAUCAGAAACCAAAAUUAACACAUGCUUUUAUACUCGAUAUUCAAAGAGGUGCUAUGUUCACUGCCAUAUUUUCAUUGUGUCUAGCCUUUUUUACAGUGUGUACAUCAAUUUUCGAUAUCUACUGCCUAUCACAAGCUGCACCUGGCUCUACACAUUAUGGAUAUUAUAUCAUUUCAUAUGAAUUUGUUUAUGUGGGCAAUCAACAUGUUCGUAAUGCAUUGAUCGUAUUUGCAUUGUUCUCUAUGCUAGGUGGAAUAGUUGUUUUUGUAACUUCUCUAAUAUUGAUCACAGCUCUGCGGAAAGAAUAUGAGAAGAAAAUAGUACCAUGGCUAUAUACUUUUGCUAUAUUCACACUUUUCAGACUAUUUGCUUUUAUAUUCUUUAGCAUUGUAAAUGAUAUGAUAUUUGCCUAUAAUAUCAUGAUGUGCCUACUAUGGAUAAUUUGUUUGCAUUCUGCAUAUGGUUGGCUUGUCGUCUAUUCUUUAUAUCUUGAAUUACGUGACCUAACAAGACUAGAAGAUCUUGCUCAUUUGCGGAUUGGUACAAUGCAGUCUUUAAAUGCUUCGACGACACAUUCUAUUGCUGGUUCUCGACCAACAACGCCUCAUAGUGUUGUAUCUACUUUGCCUGUUAAGUAAAUCUUAUAUACAUA